AACACAAGAACAGCGGAAGUGGGCGAGGCAACGAACUGAAACCAACUGAGUGAGCCGUUCAUCGGGGUCGCUCAGCGACAGACGCCGGGGCUGUGCCGCCUCCUCUUGCGCCCCCCCCCCCCCGAGGGAAUCAAAGCAUAAUGGUUCACAGCCAAUCCAGGAAACGCUCCCGAAGCAGGAGUGAAAGCGAGUCUCAAAGCAGGCAGGACAAAAAGGAUGAAAAGAAAAGAAGAAAAAGCAGUAAAGACUCAAAGAGGAGCAGCCUGUCUCCUCCAAGGAAGAAGGCAUCCAGGUCUCACAGACGCAGGUCGAGCUCAGCAUCUACUAAAGACGAGAAAAAGAAAGCCAAAGACAAGAAGAAGAGAGAGGCAAGUGCCUCCUCCUCUGAGAUGACAAGCUCAUCUUCUGGGACUUCCUCCUCCUCCUCCUCCUCCAGCUCCUCUUCAGAAGAUUCGAAUGACAGUGAAUCCAAAUUGAAAAAGAGGAGGCACAGCAAGAAGAAACGAACAAAACAGAAAGACAAAAAGAGAAAGAAGAAAAAAAGAAAAAAGAAAACGAAGAAGAAAUCAAAGGACCGGCCUAAAGAGAAGAGAGCCAUGGUGGAAGGUGUGCCUGGCCCAUCACUGGAACAAUGGCAGAAAGAAUCUUUGGUGGAACCUGGCCCAGUUUUGACAGAUGAACAAAAGUCCCGCAUCCAGGCUAUGAAACCAAUGACAAAAGAAGAAUGGGACGCAAGGCAAAGUGUCAUCAGAAAAGUUGUGGACCCCGAAACGGGAAGAACAAGGCUUAUUAAGGGAGAUGGAGAAGUACUAGAAGAAAUUGUCACCAAAGAAAGACACAAAGAGAUUAACAAGCAAGCCACCCGAGGAGACAGCCUGGCCUUUCAAAUGAGGACAGGAAUGCUUCAGUGACAGUCCAGAUGUCAAGUACAUCAGGAAAGGUGGUUUUCUUGUUCUGCUCCGAGACACUAAUCUGCAAAGCAGACAGCUCCCCGUUCUCCCUGCGCUGACAAGAUGUGUGUGUGACACAGCAGGAGCUAUACCCUUUGCACAUGUCCUGUUCUGCUGCGUCCAUCGAUCGCCUGCAGGAGGGAGUGACUUUGAUGGCACCUCCCCCUUAGCCACGGCUUCUCUCCUGCCAAUCCAUGCAAAGUCCUUAAGACCUGGCCAACAUUGCUCUCAGCUUGGUCGCUUUUUGAGACUCAAUCCACUGCUGCUCAAUGACUGAGCAAGUGAUUGUCAGGCAGUGAGAAUCCCACCAGGGAGCUCAUGGUGCCGUCAGCACAACAAGGCUAAGUCCCCGGAGGAGACAAACCGACCCAGUUAACACCACAUUAUCUUUAAUACACUUCCUUGCUGGUGAUUCAGAUUCCAAGCUCUAAGGCAAAUGCCCAGGUACCAGGCGGACACAACCCCGCUGAUACUGGGGUGACUGCCACAGUGCUCCCCUGAAAUGAGGCCACCUUGAAUCAUUUUUCUUCACAUGUGGUUGCUAUGUGCCUGCUCUUUGAAUGACUAUUUGCCCUGCAUUUACUUCAGUGUUUGGUUGGACAGAGACACAUUCAUACAUUGCCCCCGUUUUGUGCCGGCUGCAACAUUAGGGCCACAUCCUGCAAGGUGCCUGCUCUCAGUGAGCCAGUGAGAGGUGAAGGCACUUGCCAUGAUACAGGUUCAAGCUAAUUAGCACUGGCUCCCCUGAUGGCAGGCUGCAGUGGGAGCUCAGCUGCUGUACCUGCCCGUGGGUUAAGUGUAAUGGGCAAGGGUUUGCUCAUGUCCCUGCACCAAAGCGAUGGCCCUUCCUUGCUUUGUCUCUUGCCACCCUACGAAAGUGCAAGGGGCAGGUUUGGUUUGUUAGUGAAAUUGGCCUUUCAGAAACAGAGGAGCCCAGGGAAACUCAGUCUUCUGACACCCCACCCCCCUUUAACAUGGUGAAUCUGAAAACUAGUAAAAAAUAAACUGCUUAAAUCAA